UUUUGAAUGGAAUCGGGCUGAUUCAUCGUGCGUUCGCCGAGCAGGGGCUGGGGGUCUAGUCGGAGCCAUUGUACCUGUUGUCACUAUCACCUCAGCAGCCACGCGUGGAAAAGUCGCUCGGCUACCCGCCUUCAGGAAAAAGAGGAAAGAAAAAAAGGUACUUGGAAAAAGUUGCGCUUCAAAACUGCUACAAGAAUCAAGAGUUUGAAUUAACAAGAAUUUUUGUCAAGUUCAACAAAUUGAAGGCUGAAAUAUUGUAGUUAGUGACCAGAAAUAUGGACCGACUACUUCGACUUGGAGGAGGUAUGCCUGGGCUUGGCCAGGGACCACCUACAGAUGCUCCAGCAGUAGAUACAGCAGAACAAGUUUAUAUCUCUUCUUUGGCGCUAUUGAAAAUGUUGAAACAUGGUCGUGCUGGAGUUCCAAUGGAAGUUAUGGGUUUGAUGCUUGGAGAAUUUGUUGAUGAUUACACCGUCAGAGUGAUUGAUGUGUUUGCCAUGCCACAGUCAGGAACAGGUGUCAGUGUAGAGGCAGUUGAUCCAGUAUUCCAAGCCAAAAUGUUGGAUAUGCUGAAGCAGACGGGAAGGCCUGAGAUGGUUGUUGGUUGGUAUCACAGUCACCCUGGCUUUGGCUGUUGGCUUUCUGGUGUGGAUAUCAAUACUCAGCAGAGCUUUGAAGCCUUGUCGGAAAGAGCUGUAGCAGUCGUAGUGGAUCCCAUUCAGAGUGUCAAAGGAAAGGUUGUUAUUGAUGCCUUCAGAUUGAUCAAUGCUAAUAUGAUGGUCUUGGGACAUGAACCCAGACAAACAACUUCAAAUCUGGGUCACUUAAACAAGCCAUCUAUCCAGGCAUUAAUUCAUGGACUGAACAGACAUUAUUACUCCAUUACUAUCAACUAUAGAAAGAAUGAGCUAGAACAGAAGAUGUUGCUAAAUUUGCAUAAGAAGAGUUGGAUGGAAGGUUUGACACUUCAAGACUACAGUGAACAUUGUAAACUCAAUGAAUCUGUAGUAAAGGAGAUGUUGGAAUUAGCUAAGAAUUACAAUAAGGCAGUCGAAGAAGAAGAUAAGAUGACACCUGAACAGCUGGCAAUAAAGAACGUUGGCAAGCAGGACCCAAAGCGUCAUUUGGAAGAACAUGUGGAUGUGCUUAUGACCUCAAAUAUUGUCCAGUGUUUAGCAGCUAUGUUGGAUACUGUUGUAUUCAAAUAAAAAAAAAAAAACAGCAGAAAACUCUUAGUGAUACUUUCAGUGUAUAUUCGUCUAUUGUUUCUAACGCUCACAAUCAGUCGACUGCCGAAGGUGUAUUUGGUUAAAUGGAAGACAUCUGGCAUCAUUUGCAGUCCAAGAGCAGCACUGUAACACCUUUGGGUCUCUGUUGUGCAAUUACUUCUGUUUCUUUAGGUCAGGAUCUUUGCAGAUUCCAAAGUAGGACAAGAAUACAUCAAAGUGGACAAAUUUCAUUAAGUUACCAUUUAAUAUUUCAAGAAAUCAGUAGUACAUAUAUAUUUUGAUUGUUGCUACAUAAUAAAAAUACAUUUACAAUCUA